AUGGCGACUGUCGUAUUUAUUAAAAAUGCAGCACAGGUUAUGUCGAGGAGGUGUUUUAUGUAUAAUUUAAAGGGGCUGUCAAGAGUUGGAGAGUGUCAUUCGUCAGUUUCCUUUUGCGGUAGUCGCUUGCCACUGACAUGGUCGUCCAGGACUACCGGAGUACGGUACAUGUCCCACGGGACUGCAAGCAGGUCGGCAGCCGGCGGACGAAACAGCAGGCGCGGAGUGCUGGCGCUGACAGGGGCAGCGGCAGUCACCACAGCCGCUGCAGUCGCAGGUUUCUUGGCCAACGUUCACCACUUCCAGCGGGCCGAGAUGGCGACUCUGGUACCUCAAGUGGCCGAAGAGGAGAAGCACCAAGAGGAGGGCGACAUAUUGGCCAGGUGCAGGGGCUUCAUGUCGCCCCCGGUCACUGACGUCGCCGUCCUGCAGAGGCGGAAAGGCGAGAUGUGCACCAGGAUGGAGAUGCUCAUCAUGCAGACGCAGGCCGACUUCUGCAAAGCUUUAGAGAAAGUGGAUGGUGGGACGUUCAAGGUGGAUCGAUGGGAAAGAAAAGAAGGUGGUGGUGGGAUUAGCUGCGUGAUGCAGGAUGGAAAAGUGUUUGAGAAGGCCGGAGUCAACGUGUCAGUGGUGUUUGGAAACUUGACUGAAGAGGCAGCCAAGCAGAUGAGGAGCAGGGGCAAGGUCCUCAAAGGAAAAGAUGGCAAGCUGCCAUUUUGUGCCAUGGGCGUGAGCUCUGUAAUCCACCCCAAGAACCCGCACAUCCCCACAGUGCACUUCAACUACAGAUACUUUGAGAUCGAGGAAGAAGACAGCUCCAAACAGUGGUGGUUUGGCGGCGGCACCGACUUAACUCCGGUUUACGUCAGUAAAGAAGACGCACUUCAUUUCCACAGCACCCUAAAAGAAGCCUGUGACAAGCACCAUCCGCAGUACUACCCUGACUUCAAGAAAUGGUGUGACAGAUACUUCUUCGUCCGGCACAGAGGAGAAACUCGGGGCAUCGGUGGGAUCUUUUUCGACGACCUGGACGGCCCCAGUCAGGAGGAGGCUUUCGGAUUCGUCAAAAGCUGCGCCCGCACCGUGGUGCCCUGCUACCUGCCCAUCGUCUACAAACACCUCAAUGAUCCUUUCACUGCUGAGGAGAAGGACUGGCAGCAGGUGCGUCGAGGAAGGUACGUUGAGUUCAAUCUGGUGUACGAUCGAGGAGUCAAGUUUGGCUUGGCCACGCCAGGAUCCCGAAUUGAGAGCAUCCUCAUGUCUCUCCCGCUCACUGCCAGGUGGGAGUACAUGCACGAGCCCGCCCUCGGUACCCGAGAGGCUGAGAUGCUGGAGGUUUUAAGGAACCCAAAGGAGUGGGUGUGA